AUGGCGGCGCCACCGGGUGGCGUAGUCCCGCCGGGGUUUCGAUUCCACCCCACCGACGAGGAACUCCUCCACUUCUACCUGAGGAAGAAGGUCGGGAUGGAGAAGUUCGAGCUUGACGUGAUCAGGGAGGUGGAUGUGAACAAGAUCGAGCCAUGGGAGCUGCAAGGUGAGGUAUCGAACCCAGCACGCCUUAAUUCUCUCUGCAUCUCUCGUGGGAUGUCUUGGGGAAUCGCAUCCAGCCAACCGUGGAUUGUGUUCUUGGGUUUUUCAAGAAAGAUGGUUGUUUGUUUUCAAACGGGCAACUUCUCUUUGUUCAAGCAUAACUUUGGAGGACAUUUCCAGAAGUUUUUCCAUAGGAAUGAUAUUUCUGCGUAUUUAAAACUUUUAAAAGGACGAAAGAUUGAGCCCGGUGGGUUCCAUGACUUUCUUCAUGAAGGAUUUCUCAACUCUAAGGUUGAAGUCAUCGAAAAUCCAGCUUGAAUUUAUGGGUCUUAGCUAUUCGUUUCUGAUUUCCCCCCCUCUCCCUCCUUUUUUUUUUCGUUGAAUCAAGGUUUUCCCAUCUCUAUGAUAUCAUAUGAGAAUGAAAAUACCUCAUCGUCUGAUCCUGAGGAGCGGAUAAUCUGCACAAGGACUUCCUAGGAACCCGCGGUUGACGCCUCUCUCUCUCUCUCUCUCUCUCUCUCUCUCUCUAAACAUAGAGAGGUGCACGAUCGGGUCAGGGCCCCAGAGGGAGUGGUACUUCUUCAGCCACCGCGGUCGCAAGUACCCGACGGGCUCGAGGAUGAACAGGGCGACGGGCUCGGGAUUCUGGAAGGCCACAGGGAGGGACAAGUGCAUCAGGAGGAGCGCCGCCGAGAAGCUCGGCAUGCGCAAGACACUCGUCUUUUACAGCGGCCGCGCCCCCUGCGCCCAGAAGACCGACUGGAUCAUGCACGAGUACCGCCUCCACGGCGUCAGCUGUGAAGAAGAAGACUGGGUCGUCUGCCGAGUCUUCAUGAAGGACUGCUUCAAAGUCGACAGAGACGAGAGCCCCCGUCACCGUGAGGGCCCCGUGGACCAGCCUCCCCAGUGCAUUCAGUUUCAGUUGCAGGGCCUCCUCUCCGGCGACCAUGGACACGGGGCCAUGCAGCGUAGCGAUGGAGGAGGGGUAGAUCUGAUUUCUGGUGAGUGGCUGCGGUUCGACCCCGAGGUGACUAGUCGCUCUGGUGACCAUGGCAGCGCUGGCGAAUGGAGGUAUCGGCGGGUGGCGCCGCCGCCUCAGACAAGCCUGCUGGGCCAUCACCAAGAAGAGGUGGAGAUAGAUGUGAUUGCACAGCGUUUGGUGUGUGAAUGA